UUUCCUGCUUAAAAAAACAUUAAAAAAAAAAAGAAAAAAAGAAAAAAAAAAAGAACACCACCACCACCUACUUCUCUAUCUCUCUCUCUCUGCGCGCUCACUAAUCUUACAAAUGGAAGCUCUGGGAUCUUCCAAGCAACCACUUCCUUUUCAAUCUCUCUCUUCUCUCUUUCUCUCUCAAUCUCUCCUAUAAUUUCAUGCCGGUAGUGCCCCAAAAAAAAAAAAAAAUCUCUAAUUUGUUGAUCUUAUUGCUUUUUUUUUUUUUUUUUUUUGGUUUAACCGAAAAACGGUUACGGAACGUUCGCUUAACCGUUCAAGCUUCCGCUGAUAUAGAAAACCAACACCUACUAUAUUUUCUGCUUUAAUUUCUUCUUCCUUUUUUUUUUUUUUAAUAGUCUCUGGUUUUUAAUUUAAUCAAAAAGGGUUUGGGACAUGGCUGCGCUGAAUGUUGGAACACAGUUUAUACGCUGUCCUUUGUCGGUCUCUGAAUCUGGACCUUUGACUUCGUUUUCGGCGGGGAAGCUAGGGUUUGUUAAGCUUCUGCCGGAAAAUGCGAUUGGAUUGUUCGACAAUGAAAGGAGAAGGAGUUUGGGGUUUUCGAAGCAUGUUAAGGCAAUGGGGGAUUAUGCAACCAGUACCAUUUCUGGUUUCUGAUAUUUACAAAAAAAUCCUUCUAGGUAAGGACAUUCGCCAUAUGUCAACCAUUGGUAAGUCGACAAACAUUGUGUGGCAUAAAUGCACAGUGGACAAACUUGACAGGCAAGAGUUACUUCAGCAAAAAGGCUGUGUCAUAUGGAUUACUGGUCUCAGUGGUUCAGGUAAAAGCACUUUGGCAUGUGCUUUGAGCAGAGCCUUGCACUUGAGGGGGAAGCUGGCCUACAUCCUUGAUGGUGACAAUAUUCGACAUGGUCUAAACAGUGAUCUUAGUUUCAAAGCAGAAGAUCGUGCAGAAAACAUACGUAGGAUUGGUGAGGUAGCAAAGCUAUUUGCAGAUGCUGGCAUCAUUUGCAUAGCUAGUUUAAUAUCUCCUUACAGGAAGGACCGAGAAGCCUGCCGUUCCCUACUGCCAGAAGGAGAUUUCAUUGAGGUAUUCUUGGAUGUGCCACUUCAAGUGUGUGAAAGUAGGGAUCCAAAGGGCCUCUACAAGCUUGCACGGGCAGGAAAGAUCAAAGGCUUUACGGGGAUCGAUGAUCCAUAUGAGUCACCAAUAAAUUGUGAGAUAGCAUUGCAACAGAAGGGGAAGGACUGUCUAUCGCCAAGUGAUAUGGCUGAAACAGUGAUUUCUUACUUGGAGGAGAAAGGGUAUCUCCAGGCUUGAGAGCUUAAAAAAGCCUCCAGUUUCUUGUUGCAAGGACUGGUUUUUACCUUGUAGUGUAGCAGUAGCUCCAAUAGUGAAAAUACGCUCUUUGUCACCACUCAGAAAAUGCUCGUUUUCUGUGAAAUUUGGUUCCACCAAAGUAAUUAAUCAAUCGAUUAAUUUUAAAAUAAGUCUUUGGAAAGCCAGUUAUGUAUAAUGUGGCUUUUAUGGAUAUGAACUGUAUCAAUUAUCAGUAAGUAGGAAUCUGGUUGUGGAAUAAAACAUUUCUGUAAUGCAUCUGGUGUGCUUGUAAUCACGAAGGCUUUUGCCUAUUUUUAUUUGUAUCAACAAACAUUUGUUCCCCCUCA